AUGAAGUCAUUACUGAAAAAAGCAUUAAGUCAAAUUGCUAUUGUUACAGCUCUGCCUGAGUUUCGGAGACCUGAGGUAAUCUUUCAUGACGUUUUGCACAGUUCUCAGGUACGAUGUAAGUCCAGUAGGAAGAACCAAAGUAGAGGCCAACUGAAACGUCUUCGCAAUGAAUUAUACCAAAAACGUCAUUCCAAAAAAGUUACUUGGAAAAUAUUUUCAAGUAAAAAUGGUAAACUUUUUUUCCUGAAUUAUUUUACAGACUCUCAGUCCAAACCUGACAAGUGCGGUUCUGUCAAACCUAAAAAUAUCAGCAAAGUCAAUCCUGAACUAAUAAAACUUGCAAAACAAAUAAAUCAAAGUAGGCGCGAGGUUUUCGAAGCAACCUCCAACAGGACGAUAAGCAAGAAGACAGAAAGUGUUCUCUUCAACCAAGAUUAUGAUCAUUUUAAGGAUGAUUUGAAGACUCUUAUAUGCUCAUAAUUUCCAUUAUAUAAUCAUGAUUUUCCGUAAUUAGUUAACUGGUUUCUUCAAUACCCAUUUUUUCAAAUGUACAGAUGGAUAACUAACAGCUAGAAAACUGGUGGGACGUAGUUGUAUAGAUACUUUAUUUUUACCGUUACGAACAAAUAUUAUAAAAUAAAAAAUGUUUCCUAUUA